AUGGGUGGUGGUAACGGUGUCGUCCUCGUCGCUGUUAAAGUCGUUCAUUUUGUCCCCGCUUUGUGCACUCAAAAGAGGAUAAAAUGGAGUCAGCGGAAGAAGGCGCAAAAUCAUCAUCAUUAUCAUCAUCGUUUCUCGCCGUCGUCUUUAUCGUCGCCUUCCUCGGACAGAGGAGGAGGAGGAGGCGAGGAGGACGUGUUGCCACCGAAGAGGACGAGCGUGAUUUACGGCGUGGACUUUUUGCCCCAAACAACAAAGCCUUUGGCGGAACAACAAGAAGAACAACAAGAACAAGAACCACAUCGAGAUUCGGGAUUGAUGCCGACAUCAUCAAAACCACCGCCGUCGUCGUUCUCAUCAUCACCAUCAUCAUCCGCGACCCAAACGACGACGACGACGAUUCAGACGACGACUUCAGAACAGGAAGAAAAAUCGAGAAAGUCCGCCAACGUGAUUGAUUUGUUCGAACGCGCGGCGUCGCCGAUCGGGACCAUCGAACGCGCGAAAGCGGCGCUGAACGCCGCGCAAGCUCGGUCGGCGGUGACGUCGCCGAUUGAGAUUGGUCGGGCGAAAAAAAUUGUGGAGGAUGGGUUAUCUACGGUGAAGAAAAGUGCGGCGAAGACGUUGAAGGAGGUGAGCGAUGCGGCAGCAAAUGUGGCAUCUGGAGUGUCUGGAGGAGGAGGAGCGGCGGGAGGGACGCUGAGAAACGCGCAGAAGAAAGCGCACUCGAUUAACCAUUCCAUUGACAUCGACGACGAUGCGAACGGCGACGCGACUGGGAUGGAUUUCUGGUCUUGGACGCCUCCGGAGAGGAAAAAAUCCGAUACCGAUGGCGCGCCGGUGCCUAAAUUACAGAAGCAAAUGCAAACUAGAAUCGAACAGGCGGUGCAAGUCGCCGAACGCGGCGUGACGCAAACGCUGAAUUUAGAUUUUCAGUCUCAAGUUCAAGCGAAAGGCACGAAAGAGUUGCCGCUGGCAUUUGAAAGCCAAACGGCGACGCAAGCGGACGAGGUGGAAGCAGACCAAAGAGCGCCGACGGAAGCGGAAUUCGCGUCCGCGGUGAGAGAAUUAGGCGCAGAUGGCGAAACGCACGGCGAGCUUUCCGACGGCACGCGAUGGUGGCGAGAAGCUGGCACGAGCGAAUUAGAAAACGGGCGCGUUUGCGAAUGGACGUUAGUGAGAGGGCAGUCGGCGGACGGGUCCGUCGAAUGGGAAGAGAAGUGGUGGUCCACCGCGGACGCGUUUGAUUACAAAGAACUCGGCGCCGUAAAAUCCGGACGCGACGGUCACGGCAACGUCUGGCAAGAAUCGUGGUCUGAAAUCUCCUGUUCCGACGUCUCGCGAGGUUUCUUCACGGACGCGAGUAAAAAAAUCGAACGGUCCGCGAACAAAUGGGGCGCCAACGCGAGCGGCGCGGAAUGGCACGAAGACUGGCGAGAGGCGUACUGGGGCGACGGCGUCGUCGACCGAGAAUGUUUCAAGAAAUCGUGCGUCGGUAAAAACGAGAUCCCAGAGGACGGCCACGCGUCUCGAUGGAACCACAACUGGAAAGAAAAAUGGGACGGCCACGGCGGUUGCAUGAAAACGAACGAUUCUUGGGCAGAUCGAGACGUCGGCGAAGACGGCGGCAGCGGUCGCUCCUGGGGCGAGCGUUGGUCCGAACGAUGGGGUUCCUACGCCUCUCACGGCCGUCAAGGCGAACGCGAAGGCUCCACCUGGAACGACCGCGACGGUCACAAAGUCAGCAAAGACUGGGGAGAAGAACACUGGCCAGACGGACGAGUGCGCAAAUACGGCCACUCCAGCGACGGAAGCGACCACUGGGACGUUUGGGAAGACACCGACGGGUGGUGGGAAAGACACCCGUCCUUCGGAUGGGCCGAAGCCGUCAAUCACAGUCCGCAGCUCAUGGGGAUCAAACCCAGGAAAGGUUCGAAAAAGAAAACGAAAGGGAACGAAAAGAAAUCGAAGUAG